AGCUCCUCCUCACCCUUCAGUCAGUUGUCACGUGGUAUCCGCCGCAAGCAUGCGAGCUUCCAUCAUCAGAGACGACAUCGAGGAGAUGGGGGUGUGUUUUCUCCACGCCCUCCCGCCCCAUGACGCUUCACCGACGGACUCAUCUUCGGAUCCACGCAUCACCGAGUUUCUCGAUGCCUACAACGACGUGUUCGAAGGCCCGCACGGAGUAGUACCAGAUCGGCCCAUCCGCCACGAGAUCAUCCUCGAGGACGGGGCCGUACCUCCGCGCGGUUGCAUCUACCGAAUGAGCGAGGAAGAGUUAAGUGUGCUUCGGGCACAACUCGACGACCUUCUGGAGAAAGGCUGGAUUCGGCCUAGCUCAUCGCCAUACGGUGCUCCUGUUCUCUUCGUCCGGAAGAAGAACAAGGAUUUGCGGUUGUGCAUCGAUUAUCUCAAGCUCAACGUGCAGACGAUCAGAAACGCCGGCCCUCUCCCACGCAUCGACGACCUUCUCGAACGACUGGGCGGCGCCAAGUUCUUCUCCAAGCUCAAUCUCAAGUCAGGAUAUCACCAACUCGAGAUUCGGCAGGAGGACCGCUACAAGACCGCGUUUAAGAUGCGAUAUGGGCAUUUCGAAUGGAUGGUUAUGCCAUUUGGCCUUACGAAUGCCCUGGCCACUUUCCAAGCGGCUAUGACAACGGAGUUCCGACACAUGCAGGAUCGAUACGUACUUAUCUACCUCGACGACAUCCUGGUGUACAGCCGGAGUUUGGACGAGCAUGUGGAACACCUGCGCACCGUUUUGGAGCGGCUAGGACAAGCCAAGUACAAAGCCAACCGCGACAAGUGCAAAUGCGCGCGGCAGGAGCCGAGGAGCCGGAGUACUUGGGACAUUAUGUGACGCCGCAAGGCAUCCGUCCGCUUGCGGACAAG